AUGAUAAAAUCACUUUUAUUACUGAUACUAUUUAUAAUCGUCAUCAAAGCUAGUCUAUUUUCUGGUAGUAUUAACACGAAUGCUACAACGGAAAUCAAUCAAUUACCAAAUGCAAUUAUUCGCAUAGCAAAUGUGUUUGAAGAAAUAUCUAAUACAUUUCCAAACGAAACACGUGAAUCAUUUCUCCUAUUUACGUCAGAAUUGAAAAUACUACCUGAUGGAACAACUGAAAAUUUGAAAACAUUUCAUGAUGCAUUAACAAAUUUCUUAAAUAAAUUAGACGUAUUUCUAAAUAGAGAUGUAAUUCUACCGUUUCAUCAAGUAUUAAUCGAGCUAAAUGAUAAUAUCUUUCAAAUUAUUCUUGCAAAUACAGUUGAUGCAGUUGAUAGUAAUAAUAGUGUAAAUGAACAAAUAAGAGUUGAAACUCGUCAAACAUUACGUUUAUUUAUUCAACAGCUAGAACCAUUUAUUCAAGCAUUAGGUAAUGAAUAUAAAGAUUUGAAACAAAUGAUUCGCACUGUCCUAGGAUUAUACACAAAUACAAAACGACUUUACAUAUCAUUGGUUUCUCUUAUAGCAAUGAUUGGAACCAGUUUCUAUCUCUAUUAUGAAAAUCAUUCUCAACUAAGUUUUAGUCCAGAAAAUCAAAAUUGGAAUACUGUCCUAUUGACAAUAUCGAUAAUAUUUCCUUGCUUGAUUUGGGUGUUAAGCAUACUUAUGUAUGAUCCAUUUUAUGAAUCAAAAUUAAUAGCUCUGGUUAUUUCAGCUAUUUUCUGUUUUACUCUGCUAUGUUCACGGAUAGUUUUUGUUUUAUUGGCUGGAAGGCAAAGAUUCUUCAUUGACUCAGUGUUGGUUUUAUUUAUAUCUUUGAUACUAUUUGUUUGUCGUAGUUAUUCCCCACUCUGUGCAGUGGUCACUUGGCCAUAUAUUUAUCAUGGUGAUCACACAUACUAUUAUAUUCCUCAAACAUCGAAUUGGAUUCGAGAAAUUUGUCCAAAUAUAAAUCAACAACGAUGUCCACUUGUCGAUUUAAAACUUCUUGAUAAAAAUGAAAACGAUGAAAUGUUUCUUGUUGGCAAAACAUUAGAACUUUUAAAAACAUUAAAAGGUCCAAUAUUUAUUCAUAGCGAAAUUGGAGAUAAAGAUACUGGAAAAAGUAUUCGUCAAACAAUUUUAACUCGAUUACUUGUUAAAUAUAAAUAUCGUCGAUUAUGUUCAAAUAAUGGUAUUCGAUUUCUUGUCAGAGAUGUUAGAAUCGAUCAUGUUAAAGGUAUUGCCGGUGUUACUAGAGGAAUCCAUCUUAUGAUCAUUCCAUCUCAAUGGAUUGAUUACGAUCACUUACCAUAUCUUCUUAAAGAUUCAGUGGGACGUAUUCGAAGAGAAAAGGGAACUUUAUUAAUUCUCGAUAUGGAAGGAGGAAAUGAAGUAGGCGGAGCGGAAAUGAAAACUAUACGUAUAUUACAAUUGUUAACAAUGGCUAUUAGUACUCAUGUUAAUAUUGCCAUUAAAGAACAUAUCAGUCAAGUAAAUAUAAAAGAAAUGGCAACUUAUUCACAAUUAUUCAACAUGCUGAAAAUUGCAUCGGAGAGCAAAUGUAAUCGAGAAGAAACGAGUAUCGAACCAGCAAACCUAGAUAAAUCGUCACUAUUUACAUUACCAUCAAUUUCAGUUUUACCAAAAAGUACAACAAAUCUAAUACCACUGAUUAAAGGAAUUAAUAUUACAUGGCAAGGUAAUAAUGCUUUUGUCAAACAUAUACAAGACAAAAAUUCUGAUAAGGAUGAACCGUAUCUCGAUUUAACCGACAUAUUUUGGUCAAGUUUGACUGCAGUUAAACAUUCAAAUUUCAAAUCUGAUGCUGAUGCAAUUGGUUUACAUUUUAAAAAUCUUCAUUAUCUUAUUAAUUUUCCACCUUAUCCAAUGGCAAGAGGAUUUUUUUCAUAUCCAGAUGAAUUAGAUAUUUAUAAAAACAGUAAAAGUAUUGAUUUGCCAGAUGUAUGGAAUCGAUAUGAUAAUUGGUAUGGACAUUGGUUUCUACCAGAAAUGAUGAAGCCAUACUUUGGUUUAACAUAUAGCUUAGCUCACUAUGUUUUUCCAUCAAUUUUCUAUCGUAUGUCAUCAAGACAAUCAUCAAAUCAGGAAACAUCUGGAGUUCAAUAUGUUAAAUUCAUCGAAGAUCUAUUUCGCUCAUUAAAAGGUUUCGAUGGAAUUUUAUUGGAAUCACUUGGUAUAAAUCAAUUAGAACAAAAUAUAUGUAAUUCUAUAACAAAGAUUAUUAAUGGAUGGAAAGAAAACGAUAUUAAACAAUUUAAACACUUAUUUCCUAUAGAAGGAAAAACUCCGUGUGAAUCCAAACAAUUAUGUAAUGCAACUUUUGACCAAAAAUGGGAAGAAUUGAAAAAUAGUCUGUAUCGAAGUUUGUGCAUUUCACAAAUCUAUCUUAAUAAAUUACAAUGGAGCAAAUGUCAAAAAUCUCAUGUUGACGAGAUAAUUGAAGAGCAAUACAAAGAUUUGAAAAAAGAAAACAAUGAAAAAUGCUCAUAUUCAUGGAAAACAGAUGAAUGGAGUGAAGAAUGCAUUAUAAAUAAUUGUCCAGGUUAUCGUACUCGUUCAGUAUAUUGUGUCAAUUUAAAUGAAGCGAAGAGACCCGAUAAUUGUUGUAAUUUUUUUCUCGGUUUUGACAGCAAGCCAUCUUCAAAGAAAUCGUGUGAUUUUAAGGCAGCGAAAUGGUCACCAACUGGUUGGAGUGAUUGUUCAAAGACAAAAUGUGGUAUGAGAACUCGUCGGGUCAUUUGCAAAUGGUGUAAUGGAGCUGAGACAAAGGAUGAAGAAUGUCUAAAAAGUGAGUCGAAACCGGCUACAUCAGAGCAAUGUAAUUCGCAUUAUGAGUGGAAAUCCAAAGAGCCUUAUUCAUGCCCGUGUAAUACAAUACAACAUAAGGAGAUUUGGUGUGAAAAAUGUGGCAGUAGAGUUAGCAAUGUUGCCGUAGCCGAUUGCGAAAAACUAGCAGAUAAUAUUCGUCCACCGGAUACCAUGCAAUGUCCUGUAUGUUCGCCACCGGAUUCUUCUUGUUUUUCUGGUCAAACAUUGAUUAUAAUGCAUGAUAAGAAACAAAAACCAAUAAGUCAAGUUAGACCAGGUGAUUAUGUUCUAACACCAGUUUAUCAUAUGUUUCAUUCUCGAUUAAGUUUAAUUCCACAAGUACACGGUAUUGCUCGAGUUGCAUUUGUUGAACAAAGAAACCUUGGCCAACGUUCAUUGUAUGGUAUCAAUAAUAUUGAACCAUUUUUUACAUCCGAACAUAUAUUUCUGACGCCAAAUGGGCAAGCAGUUGCUAUCUCACCGAUGGCGAUGUCCAUUGAAGAUCCGAGUUGGACAAUCGAUGAUGUUGGACAAAUGAAGGUCAAUGAAACGAUCUUAUUUAAUAUAUUCAAUAAUGAAACAAUGAUUAAUAAUAUAACUUUAAAGUCCAGUAAAUCUCUCGACAGCAACAUUGUUUACAGUUUAAUAUUAGAUUCUAUUCAUCAAUUCUAUGCAAAUGGAUUUUUAGUAUCUGAUCUAUUUCCACAACUACAUAAAUUUCCGUUUACGUUUAUUUUAUUUCAUUGGCUUUGGCGAGAAAAAUCCAUUGAUAUAAAUCGGUAUUUAAACGAAUCAUAUCCCAAUCAUCUGAAAUCGUUUUCAACAGAUGACAUUCAUCAUUAUGAACGUUUAAAAGUCUUUCAAACAAAAAUUGGCUCUUUUAUUGAUGAAUUUAUUUUCAAUCAAACAAAAAAGAAAUUUUGA